GGCGGGGCUUAUUGACGCUUGUUGUCGCUCGGGAGCUGGUCUUGAUGACGCUGCGAGCGGGAGGCGGUAAUGGCGGUGAAUUUAACUCCGCGCUUUCGGCGGUUGGACAGUCGUGGGUCGCUGAGACGCCGAGGACAUUUGGAACCUUUCCAUGCAACACAGGUAUGGAAUAACAUUAUCCAAGCCCUGCAGACCCAGGUGGAGGUGAGGCAUUACAAACGUUUCUGGAGGACGUAUAAUGACUGUUUCACUGGUGCUGAUGCAGUUGAUGUGGUGCUGAGCCACCUUAUGCAAAGCGUAUACUUCGUCAACAGUGAUGUCUCACGUUUGAAAGCAGCUCGCCUCUGCCACGCUCUGAUGGAGCACAGAGUGUUUGAGCCUGUUAACACGAGACUCUUCGGUAAAGAGCAGCAAAUAAUGUUCGAAGAUUGUGGUAGCAGCCUCUACAGGUUUAUGGAAGAUUGUGCAUUCUCUGGUCAGGACCGGAGACCAGAGGAUUUGUUUCACCAUGAAAGACCGCUGCCAAGGAAGAAAUGUCCCAUACCUGAUAAAAUAACUUACUCAAAUCCUAUUGCCUUGGAAGCCUGUGACAAAAGGAUUGAAGAAGUUUUGCAAGCAAUCAGCCUUCGUCCAUCACUACCCACAAACAUAAAAAUGAAAGCACCAACCAGCCUGCUGCCAAAGAAAGUUGUUGAGGAUGUUUGGAAGCAGGCGACUUUAUUGCAGCUGCUCCAUUUAAUUCAUCUUCCCAUCCUGGACAGCAUUCUGGAGUCUCCCCUGAAGAUGGAAAGAAGAGAAGCAGUUCAUUUCAGUCGGCAAACUGACCUUAUUAUCUCCAACACGUUCCUGGAUCGAGAGGUUUCUAAGAUCCUAAAUCUACCUUCCACUGAUGAGUGGCUCCUGGCUGCUGUUGACUGCCUGGAUUAUUUCCCAGACCAGCUGAUCGUACACGCGAGUGAACUGUUAUCUCAGACUGCGAAUGAUAGUGAUGCUGCAGACACCUACAAAAGAGUUUUGUUUGAAACUGUGGCAAAGCAUUACAGCCAGAACAGGGAGCCACUUCUCUGCAGCCGCUAUCUUGAGAUAUACUGCGGGAUAAUUAGAUUUCUGGAGAAUGGAAAGACUGGACAAGCACUGGAGGCUGCUCAGCUGUGUGUUCAGCUAUUGGAGCCAAUUUGGAGAGAGGAAUUGCACAGGCUAUUGUCUUUUAUGGCUAUUGCAGCUCGCCCUGGUACCUACAGAUUACAGAAGCAGAAUACCAACAGGAGUGUGGUGAUGAAAACAUUUACCAAAGCUAUUGUGCAAAGCAAGUCUCUGUCCAAGUCCCAGGCUGAGGAUCUGGCUUUGUUCCUAAUGGAUAACCACGCUGAGGUGUUCAAGAUCCCCAGUUUCCUGCUUCAGAUGGUCAGGAAGAAGCUCCUUUCUCUUCAGGAAGGAAGGAAUCCCAAUGCUAUUGCAGACUUUACCUUCUGCAAGCAUGUCACACAGAAGGAGUUUGAGGUACAGAAGCGUCAUACCACCUUAGAGCAACUUCAGCGGUUGAUUUGCAGUAUCAGUCAAAAUCGCAGCCUGUGUGAGAAGGAAAGAAACCGGCUGCUUCAGGAGUUUCGGAAGCACCAUCCCUCCGUGUUUUUCCACCACUACUCAAGCUGCCGGUUAGGAGAACAUUUGUAGAAUGGCUUCUCAGAGUUGAACAACUACUUACAGCAUUGUGAAUGAUUACUUGAAUUUGAUUGCAUUGAUCCAGGAAUUUUAACUGUACAAGCACAGGAACUAACCACACAGAUAUGCGACUGUGGCAUGUCCAUCUCUUGCCUUUUCACCGUUCGAACUUCUUUUUGUUUAAUUUGCACAAAAUGUGAAUCAUGCUACUGAUUAGCAAAAAUUCAGAAGUAAAUUUAUUAUCAAAGUAUAUGUAUCUGGAGAUUCAUUUUUAUGCACACAUUUACAGAUAAAUGAAGAAUUGCAGAAGAAUUUCAGAAGUACUAAACAUAAAGACUGACAAAUAGCCAUUGUGCAAAAAUUAGGGCAACUAUUUGGGUAUAACUGUAAAAAUAAGAGAGCGCAAAAUUAUGUAUUGCACCCACAAAGUGGUGGAGGAACUCAGCAAGUCUGGCAGCAUCUAUAGAAAUGAAGGCCAGGGUUCUUCAUCAGGAUCCCUGAAGUGUCUCAGCCCAAAACAUCAACUCUAUUCCUUUCCACAGAUGCUGCCUGAUUUGCGGAGUUCCUCUGGUAUUUGUGUUAUGCAGGAUUUCCAGCAUCUACAGAAUUUCUUGUAUACAUGAACUGCACCCUAUGCUUUUACAGUUGUAGAAGGUGGAUACUCCUUUUUAUUUUACUUGAGGCUAAAGUAUUUGCCAGUCAUUUGAAUCUGAAUUUCUCACUGUACGCUGGCUUCAUUGAUUGUGGGCAACGAUUUGAUUUCUUAAAGAUGCACAGCUUGUAUGCAUGAAAUCAUCAUUUUUCUCUCCUGAUGUUGAAACAGUUCUAGUGGCACCACAAAAAUCUGGUAGAGGGUGGAGUAAAAUGGAAAAACAAUCCAACAAUCAUCAGUGGAUUCUGAAUGAACUGGACUCUGAUUUAUGUUGCUCCCUUACACUGGACUUCAGAUGUAUUAUUUUUAAUUUUAACCAUGGAAAAAAUUUAAAUAAGUAAAGUCUUCAACAAAUGGAAGUUACUCUGAAGAAAUUGGCUCAAUCUCCUGUCCUUUUAUUGUUGAAGGACAUUUGGAUCAUUAAGUGCACCAAGAAUACCGAGUGACAGAACUGGAAAAUUGUACAAGAGAUUUAAUGUAGAAAAAGUUAGUUAUUUUCUUUGUAUAAUUAAUGUACAAAUAAGAAACACAAGAAU